UUACAGUUUAGACGUAACUCUAAUAUCGUUUAAAAACUGUUAAAACUGAAACACUAAAAAGUGUUUAUUGCGAAAUUAACAAUCUGAUUUCAAGAGUUAUAAUGGCAAUAAGGUUUGCGCCUUAAAAUAUAAUAUUUGAGACAUGAACACGUAUAUUUCAUGCUUUAUUAUGACUGUUUCUUUUAACAUCCCCGUAAUGAAUACGUUUAGUUCUUCUAUAAAUGAUACGACAUCAAAUUUGGAUGGUCUCGGGGAGCAUGCGAUAGUUACUAACAGUGAAACCUUCCCGUACAUGGUGGCGAUAUUGAAAAAAUCAGUUUAUAUCAGCGCUGGAGCAUUAAUUGACCAAAGCUGGGUCCUCACGGGUGCUGAUUCCUUGUUUAUGAUUAGAGAAACUACGAGGUUCAUACGAGUUCGUCUUGGCAGUGUUAAUUACAAGGAGGGGGGUUAUGUGACCGGUAUUAAAUUCUUCGAAAUCCAUCCUUACUUCGACGACAGUAAGCCACUUUUUGACGUGGCGCUUAUAAAACUACCCGAACCAGUGAGAAUGACCCCCAGUUUGAAUCCAAUAAGACUCCAAAAAAGAUAUCGUGAUGUGAUCCCAACUCAUUUCACGGUAACCGCGUGGCCGAGACGGGGCAGAAAUACAUCAGGUCAUAAGGAAUCCCUGGAGGAUAUCAAACGACGAAGAUUGUUAUCCGUAACUCAUUUGCAUCCGUUGGACAGUGAGCAAUGUUCAGACGACCUUGACACUUGGGUGCCUGACUUUAAUAAUAAGAAAUUAAUCAUGUGUCUUGAGCCACCUAUUAAUGGUGAUCCUUGUGAGAGAGAUAUAGGUGCUCCGGUUGUUCUUAACGGGAUUCUAUGGGGCGUGAUAUCAUCUUGGAAGUCUGAAGAUUGUGAUGUUGAUGGUGAUUCGAUAUUUAUGUCCUUGGUGUCAGCUGUAGAGAUCAGCUCCUGGAUUCACUCCACUAUUCACGCACAUAGAUGGACGAAAAAACACACCAUAGAUUACGACGACAACUUCAUUUGAAAGUUAUUUUAUUUUAAACCCUUAAUAAAAUUGUUCCAACUUUUCCUUUGUAAACUUUUAGUUGGUUUGAUGUAAUAUAUAAAAAAUUCUAUGCAGUUCUUGAUAUUCCACAAUAAGGCUCAAUAAACGAAUAAAUAUUAUUGUUUGAUAAAGGUAUAUCAUAGAGAUGGCUCUCAUUAAGUUAGUCUCCUGGAUUAUCAAUUUAACAGAAAAAAAAAAUUUUCUGAACGGUGUUUAAGCUUUUGUUUUUUCAGAGGAAGUAAAUAAAAAGUGUUUUGUGUUUUAGUUUUGCUGUGUUAUAAAUGAAACUAGUAUUAUUCGGAUUUACUACGCGGAUUUUAUUAUUUAAAAACUACAUAAUCCCGACGUUUCGGUUACUUUGCAGCAACCGUGAUCACGGGCAGACGAGGUGUGUGUUAUAUUUUAUUUUUCCGGAUGAAUCAUGUUAAGCCACUGCAAUAUGUUGGUUCCUUUUUUUUCACUUUUUUCGAAUAUCACAGUAGUGUGUGGCUCCAAUGGCUCCUAACAUCUCAUCUUCUGGAAAAUUCUCUGGGGUUGUCUUUUCGUUAGUUUUUCCAAUAAAUAGUUCAAUUAUGCUUUCA